GUUGGCAUCCUUGGACAAGUCUUAAAAAAGCGACCCGAGCCGACCGUGGUUACGUACGCGAGCGAGUGUGAGUCGGCUUGCCCGGGCAGUACCCCACCCAUUAGCGCAUUCCGAGACUACAAGUUACGACGUUCACGCCGCUGCCGAUCUACAGGUCCGUCUCGCGUGUUUGCCAACCGUUUUCGUCGAUCCCGCCAGCACGUCCGGUCGUAUUGUUUUCCGCACACGUCGAAAGCCGCUACUGAUCGUCGCGAAAGGUAAAUAUUAUUAAUAUCGCUCCCUUUUAAGACAAACCGAUUGUCGUGUAUUUCCGCCGCUGUCGUCGACCGCACGACAACGCCAACCUCCAUAUUUUACACAGACCAUAAUAUUAUUAUUAUUAUUAUAUGCGCGAGCGAGUGUGAGUCGGCUCGCCCAGCCGCUGUAUAUCCGUAUAAAAUAACGUUGGCACCCUUGAACACGUCUUAGAAAAGUGACCAGCCCUGACCGUGGUUACGUACGCGAGCGUGAGUCGGCUUGCCCUGCCAGUACCCCGCCCAUUACCGCAUUCCGGGACCACAACCAAAUAAAACCAUUUACAGUAUAUUUUGCUACAACGUUGACGCCGCUGCCGACCAACAGGUCCGUUUCGCGUGUUUUCUUACAGUUUUCGUCGAUCCCGCCAGCACGUCCGGUCGUAUUGUUCUCCGCACACGCCGAACGUCGCGGUAUCGUAUACCGCUACACUGAUCGCCGGUUGAUUAAUAUCGGCCGUUUAAUUGUAAACCGAUUGUCGUGUCCAUCCGCCGCUGCCGUCGACCCGUGCGACAACGCUAACUCUCCGUAUUAUUAUACAGAUCAUCGGAAUAUUAUUAUCGUCUCCUAAUCGCCGUUGUCGACAACGCGCUUGCGAGCUGUAGGCGCCGCUAUAAGACACCGUCCGGACGGAUCGCUCGUUUUCGCCGCCGCCGCCGCCGCCGUAGUCGAAUCACGUGACAGCGCACACACCUGUAACGCACCGGAAUCCUGGCCGCCGCCCUUUUGCGAACCAUCUUCACUCAACAAUAAUAAUAUUAUUGUCUAUCGCAGCCAUGAGCCUAGCCACGAUGACGAAAAAGCCAGCCGAUGCCAUGUCCUCCGCAGAGGAAUCUGUCGUCCAGGGAAUCGUCCAUCAGGUGAACUCUGGUGAUUGUAUCACUAUCCGCGAAGAAGUGUAUAAUGGUUAUCCAAAAACAAAAACAAUUGUUUUAAACAGCGUCAUUGCUCCCAAAUUUGGCCGUUAUGCAGCAAAAUAUGAUACAGAAACCAAUGGUACUUAUGAUGAGCCGUUUUCAUGGGAAGCUCGUGAGUUCCUUCGUAAAAAGCUUAUUGGAAAAAAGGUAUUUUUGAAAACUGCUGGUCAAAGAUGUGGUGUUGGAAAAAUAACUCGAUACUAUGGUGACAUCUUUUACCCAACAUUGGAAAACAAUAUUGUAAACGAGCUUGUUGAAAAUGGUCUAGUAACUGUUAAAACUGUGAAGUUAAAUAACCAAACUCCUGAUGUUCAAAACUUAGUUGUCCUUCAGAACAAGGCUAAAGCUGCUAUGGUAGGAAGAUGGAAUCCCAAUGCUAAGAACACUGUGAAGAAAAAUAAUUCCAUAUAUAACGCUAGAUUAUUUUUUAAGAAAAAUUCUAAAACACCUAUUAAGGCUGUUGUUGAAUCUGUUAUUGAUGGAACCACGAUGAAGCUGUUGCUGUUGCCUGAAAGAAAUAUGAUCCUUCUUCACCUUUCGGGAGUCAGCUGUCCACCAGAAGGUGUAGAAUUGGGAGAUGAAGCAAAGUUCUUUGUUGAAGUUCGUUUACUGCAAAAGGACGUCGAGGUUACUUUGGAUGGAGUGCUUUCUAAUAGGAAAACUCAAUCUUUCUUUGGGACUAUCCAUGAUCCGGCUGGUGAUAUUGCUUUUGAAUUGGUUAAACAAGGUUUUGCUAUUUGUCCAAAAUAUGGUAUGGAUUACUUAAACAAAAAUACUGAAAAGCUCUGGGUAGCUGAGAGACAAGCCAAGGAAAAUAAAUUGAGAUAUUGGAAAUAUCACACUAACACGGGGCAAGAGAUUGCUGAAAAAGAAAUAGUUGGAACCGUAAUUGAAAUUAUAAGAGAUGAAGGACUGUUAGUUAAGUCUUCCCAUAGCAAAAAACUCAGAAGAAUAUACUUUUCUAACAUUAUACCGGCCAGGCUAGGAGUUGAAGUACUAAGAGGUAAAUCAAAUGGUAACGGUCAACUACCAGCUACACAAGCCCCACGGACUUUGGUUAAACAUUUUUACGAUAUCCCUUGGGCUUAUGAAGCACGUGAGUUCUUGAGGACACGUUGCAUUGGAAAGAAAGUAAAUGCUUCUGUGGAUUUCGUACAACCCAAAAUUAAUGAAUCUGAAGAAAAAAUUUGUGCUACAAUUAUAAUUGAUGGAAUAAACCUUGGUGAAGAAUUAGUAAAAGAAGGUUUGGCAACUGUUAUGAACAACCCCCGGGACGACGAAACAUCCCAGUGCCUUUCUAAAUUGAAGAAAGCAGAAGAAAUCGCCAAACAAUCUCACAAAGGGCUUUACUCAAAAUCCUCUUUCCGUAAAAAAUGUAUCUUUGAUUUUACUAGUGCUGGGGAAUAUAUUCUUGCCAAGGCACUUUUGCCUAAUCUCCAACGUUUUCCGAGGUAUGAAGCUGUGGUUGAAAACGUUGUGAGUGGUUGUAAAAUGCGUCUUCAUGUUCGAAAAGUGAAUUUUUUUAUUAACUUCCUUUUGGCUGGUACUACAUGCCCAAGUAAUGAAGGAGCAAUCCAAGGUGAAGCACCCUCAGCAGUUAAAGUACAUAAUAAAAAAGCAUUAGCGUUUACAAAAGAAAAGAUAAUGCACCGUGAUAUAGAAAUUUCUGUUGUAUCCAGUAAUAAUAGUGGAUACAUAAUUGGAUGGCUGUUUGUGGGAAACACAAAUCUUACGGUGGAGCUUGUAAAAGAAGGACUAUAUUCACUACAUAGGUCAGCCAAGCAUUCAAAAUACUUCAAGCUUUUGCAACAAGCAGAAAAAUAUGCAAAGGAUAAAAAAAUAAAUUUAUGGAAGAAUUAUGUUGAGGAACCAUAGAUGACUGAGUACAUGGAGGCUCAAGAAAAAGCCAAGAAGAGUCGGUUACAUAUGUGGGAGUAUGGUGACAUCACAGAAGAUGACACUAAAGAAUUUGGUUUUACUAAAUAAAUGUUCCUUCUGGUUUAAUCAUCUUCAUUUUUAUAUUAACUAUUGUUAAUUAAUAUUAUUAUGUACUUAUUAUAUAUCAUGUAUCAAAUUGUAGACUUUUAUUAUUAAUAUUUGUAAAUUAUAAUUACUAUAAAUUACAAAAGAUAUAUUCAUUACUUUUACUAAUAUCAAACGA